CUUGUACCUUUUCUUUUUUUUUUUAUUUGCAUUAGAUAUAAAAGCAAGUAAAAAGAGAGAAGGGAAUAAAUAGGAUCAUAUAUCAAUUAUCUGACCCCAAAAGAUCUAAAGAUCAUUAAGAGUUCUUGUUUUUUUUUUUUGAUAAUCGUCCCUUAUUUUAUUGUAUAAACUGUCACAGAGAAAAUUAUUUAAAAAUGUCCUCCGAUGAAGAUGCUUGCGAUAUUUGUGAGGGAGAUAAAUCAUCCAAAAAGAAUCCCAUUAUUUUUUGUGAUGGUGAUGGCUGCAAUUUACCAGUUCAUAAAUUGUGCUACAGAGUAGACGAAGUGCCUGAAGAUGACUGGUUUUGUCAGAGCUGCGAAAAUAAGAAAAAUAAAAAGCCUGCUAACAUUAUUUGCUGUCCCCAAGAGACAGGAGCUGCUAGACGCACAAUUACGUUUGGCGAAUUGAUGCAUGUUGUUUGUGCAAUGUGGAAUAAGGACAUUGACAAUAAUAUAGAACCUUAUGCAUUCAACAAGCAAUUAUUAAAUCAAAAGACUUGCUUUUUGUGUGAAAAGUCAAAGGGACUUUGUAUCACCUGUGAAGAACCUGAUUGUAAAACUACCUUUCACGUUACAUGUGCAAUUAAUAACGGAUUGAUUACGCCUGCUGCAUCAGUCAGUAGUAAUUACUCACCUAAAUGCAGUAAACAUCAACCCAAUUUUCCAUCUAAAAAGCACACUAUUCGUCGUCGUCUUCGUCCUGGAACACUAAGAGAACCCAGCACCUCGGAUGAAGAGGAGGAUAGUGACAGAACGGCUGAGGAUGAAGAGGACGAGGACAAACAUAGGAUGCAAGUAGAUCGAUCCCCGAUAAGGAAGGAGCCACACAAAAAGGAAAUUCCUGCAAAAAGACCUAGUGAUAACUUACAACUAACACGCUCAGAUGAAGAUGAUGAUGACAUGGGUACCUCUAAAAAGCCCAAGUUUGGAGGAACUUCUUAUAGAGAAAUGUUGGAGGCAAAAAGAAAGAAAUCAACUUUUGAAACAAAGUCACCAUUUGGCUUAGACAUUAAAAGACCUAGCAUCACAACGCCACCGCCUCCACAGCCUUCUUCACAACCACCAUCACAAUCAGCUACAGUAAUGGGUAGUAAUAACAAAGCUACUAAUAACGGUACGACUUUGCCCUUUAACAAACCAAAAUUAGCAUUAGGUGUACAUCGUCCGUCUUUGACCCCACCACUGAAGAAGGCAAACGGACCCAAUAGCCCGAUGGAAGAGAACAAUAACCGCUCUACAGGACAGACACCCAGAUGGGGUAAUAGCUCAGCACAAACCACACCUUUACAUCAAUCUCAACCUACAACGCCCAGCAUAGUUAAUACACCAUUUUUUGAUAUCGAUACACUACAAAAGAAGGCGGCGUCAGAAAGCCAGUUCAAAGGGGAAAAGGAGGAGAUGGCGAGACUAAAAGAGGAGUUUCGAAAGCUAUUGAUAGAAAAGGAAGAUACUACGAGAACACUGACUAGGGUCACAGAGGACUACAAUCGACUACGAGAAGAGAAAAAGAAAUGGAUGCUUUUCAAGCAGAACCUAUCUGAAGUUUUUGCGGCUCUAAAGGUCCCUUCACCUAUCAAUCCUACCCCUGAUACCAUUGAGCAAUACGUUAGUCAUAUUUAUUCGCUUAUUAAACGCUUUGGCCCAAUCACAGAAGAAGAACGCGUGCUAAUUGAAGAAGCAUCGAAAUCUAUUCAUACAAAAAUGAAAUAAAGCGUAAAUUAAACCUAAAGAUUCACACUGUCUGAUCCCUUGUCUCUGAUGUGUUUAAAUUGUAGACUAUGAAUCAAAG